UGUUGCUUGUGUUUUGGAUCUGUGUUAAAACCCUUGCCCAGUAGCAUGUCUUCCCAUAUUUAGGAACCAACAGAAGAGCCAACUCCUAAAAGAGGAAGAGGAAGACCUAAAGGAAGUGGAAGCAAAAGGCUACAUAAACCAGCUCACCAUGAGCCAAUGGGAGAACCAACUCCUAAAAGACCAAGGGGAAGACCUGCAGGAAAGAGAAACAAGAGUCGAUCUGAUGAAUCUCAAGAGGAACCAACAGGAGAUGCAUCUCCUAAAAGAGGAAGACCUAAAGGAAAAGAAAACAAGAGUCCAUCUCAAGAAGCUGAAAAGGAGCUAACGGGAGAGCCAUCUCCCAAAAGAGGAAGAGGUAGACCUAAAGGAAGCAAAGUCCAUGAUGGUCUGUCUGAAGAAGAUGAAAAGGUGAGAUUACUCCAGAGCAAAGGAUUGGAUUGGAUUAUUAUUCACUCAAUAGCCA